GUUACAUUAAUUUGUGAAUAUAGUGAUACCUUGGUCUCAAUAUUUAAAAAAAAAUAUUUGUCAAAUGACGCUUUCUACAUUAUAAUUUCUCUCCAUCAUAUACUAGUUUAUUAACAAUACUUGCAUAAUCAAACAUCAGUGUGGACAUUGUGUCAUCUGUCCACUCAAGUUGAUUACCUUUAAUGACACCAUAACGAUGCAGCUGUCGGAGUCGCGACUGUCGUUGAAAGAGAGCUUGUGCCGCGGCACGCUGCGCACGGUGGCGGCGCUGGGCGUGGGCGACGCGCACCUCCGCGGCCUGUUGCUCUACCACCUGCACGGCGCGCUGGCAGAACGCGCCAGGCGCAUCCCAGACCUAUAUGAGGAGCUGAAGUCUGAAAUUGAGAGUACGAUAGAACAAGCCUACAACAUACUGCAGGGCGACAUUUCUGCUCCGCCAGAUCUCGAGUUAAGGCACCAGUAUCUCGGUCCAGGGUGCGAUAAACCUCAUGAAGAGAGAUUUUUUAUCCUUUCCAUAUAAUAACAAAAUAUAAAAAUGAGGUGUGAAUAUAAAUAACAUCAGUAAAAAGCAUUUAGUUGUAGAUAUCCAAUUACGUAUUCUAUACGUAUAGUGUUAUAUUGUCUGUACCUAUACCCACUAUGUAUGAAUAUUUUUACAUUUUGUGUUAAAAAGAUUUUUAUAAUAAAUAAAAAUAUUAUAACUAAUCA